AGCGAUGAGGCCAUCAGUCUGUUGGGCGUUUUCUAAUUUUUCUCUUUUUGCACUAAGUUUUUGAUGCAGUUGUCGUUCAAGUGACCUUUGGUUUGAUCCCUUCUGUAGAAUGCAUCUAUUUGCUCGGAAAGGAUAUAUAUAGGCUUUGGUUACUCAACGCUGGCGUUGGGAAAUAGCUAGCCUAUGGAGAGAAAUUUAAUUGUCUGUAAACUGUGCAACUUGCGUGGACGUGCCGAAGCUCUGUGAAGAGCAGGCAUCUGUGGAGUUGUUAUAUGCCACGUCUUCGAUGGUUGCGGCAGACCCUUUGUUGGGGAAAGCAAGAGGUGGAAGAAGCCCAAGUCCUCAAUUUCAUUCAUUGCCAACUCACAUGUCUUCCUGAUUCCGUAUUUCUCAACGAAAGAACUUUGGAGGAGCUAUACCUCGCAUGCAACCAGAUCAGAGAGCUUCCUCGUGCCCUGUUCCACUGCCAAAGUCUAACUCUCUUGAAUCUCAGUGACAAUGAGCUUAUGGAGCUUCCUCAUGCUAUUGCAUCUUUGCUCUCUCUGAAACACCUUGAUGUCAGCAAGAAUGCUUUAUACACGCUGCCAGAGAGCAUAAAAUGCUGUCGAUCCCUGAGCACCCUGGACCUAUCCCUCAAUCCCUUGGGAUCCCUUCCUGAAGCAGUGACUCAAAUCCUGUCAUUGGAGGAGCUUUAUCUCAAUGGAACACUGUUGGAGUUCUUACCAGCCAGCUUUGGUCGCUUGCUGCGAUUACGUAUCCUUGAGGUGCGGGAUAAUUGCCUGGACAAUCUACCUCGCUCGCUUUCACGGCUUUACCUCCUUACACGCCUUGACAUUGGACAGAACCAUUUUGAGGCUCUUCCUGAUGCAGUUGGGAGUCUGGGAGCCUUGAAAGAGCUCUGGUGUGAUAGUAAUCUCAUUCAGAGCAUCCCAUCUGUGAUAUUGUCUGGCCUGAAAGAGCUGUGUCACCUGGAUGCCAGUGAUAACUCAAUCAAAGAAGUUGGUUCUGACAUUGGAUUCUGCUUGCCUCUUGAAUCCCUACGUCUCUCAUCGAAUCAACUUUCUUGCAUUCCAGAUUCAGUAGGAUCCUUGCACAACCUGGUGACCCUUGACCUGAGGAAGAAUGGUCUGAUAGCCCUACCUGAAAGUAUUGGGUCCUUGUCACGUCUGGAGGAGCUGGACCUAAGUCACAAUCGCCUCACUAUCCUCCCAUCUACCAUUGGAUUCCUUCAUUCCCUCCGAAUGCUCCAGGCUGACUACAAUGCUCUCUCUUUCAUUCCACCAGAACUGGGAAGUUGUGUGGGGCUUCAGAUAUUGAGUGUGGCAUACAAUGCCCUGGGUUCCCUUCCAUCAGAACUGGGCCAUCUUCAAUCCCUUGGAGUCUUGAGGCUUCAGGGCAAUGCCAUCCACUUUCUCCCAUGUGCCAUCACCCGACUCCAUCACCUCCAGGCCAUGUGGUUGUCAAGUGUGCAAAGGAAUCCAUUGGUGCCAUUGCGAUCAGUGGUGGAUCCAAAAACAGGUCAGAGGGCCCUCACAUGUGUUCUUCUCCCACAGCAUCCCUCCGAGGAAGAUCUCUCUCAUCUCAGACUUGAUACAGGCAAACCUGGAUGCCGGAGAAGCUUGAGCCAGGGGGUUACAUUUAAUGGGGGACUCCUUGAAGAACACCAUCAUGGACUCAUUCGAAACCCCACUCCUCUUCCCAAGGACCUCCGCAUCUGGGCCAAGCGGAUGCACCAGCAAAAUCACCCUCGUCACCCACAACAAGGGGGACAGGGAGAAGGGUCAGUGGAAAGGAGAGGGAUUGGGAAUGCAGUACUACGAGAGGCCAAGCUUGUUCGCACUGGACUCAGCAACCCUGUCCCAUCUUCCUCUUCCUCUCUGCCCCCCAUGCAUUCCCAUGUUGUGUGAUAUCAUCCUGGUAAAUACAUUAUCCUGCUCGUGUAUUGAUGCAAAACAAAAAGGCAAAAUCAGCACAUUCCUCUCUUCCAAACCUGCUCAUUCCAGUCUUGCCAGGU